UUCAUAUCGUAAAAAAGGACCCCAAACUCCAUCAAACACUGAUACUAACAUUUGUAAUUGGUUACUGCACUGUUAUCACGCUUGUGGUACACAUAUCACUUACACAUUCCCCUGAGAAAUACUUUAUCAAAUACAUCAUGGCACUCUCUCCAAAUGUUUUGUGGGCACAAACCGAUGAUGCACUUCUUCUUACUGUAGAAUUGCCAGAAGAAAAGGAUACCGUUAUCAACCUCGAUAACAACGCAUUGAAGAUAGCCGGUAAGAAGGAAGGCAAGGAUUAUGAAUGCACCAUCAACUUCUACAAACCCAUCAAGGCCAGUGAAGCCCUGAAGGCCAAUGAUAGGUUCCUAAGGUUCAAGUUACCCAAGGAUGAAAAUGAAAAGUGGCCGUCACUAAACAACGAUGGCAAGAAGCAUUGGAUCAAAAUCGACUGGAACAGAUGGAUUGAUUCAGACGCUGAGGAUAAUGAAACCAAUGUCAUACAGGAUGACUUCGAUAUGUCUAAAUUCGGACCAUUCGGUAACAUGGGAGGUUACCCAGGAAUGGGUGAUGAUGAUGACGACUUCAUGGACGACGAGGAACAUGAAUGCUGCGAACAAAGUGAAUGCGCUUGUGAUGACUGCGAAUGUGAUACCAUUUGCAAGUGCGGCGCAGACUGUGAAUGUGAAAACUGCAGCUGUGUAAAGGAAUGCAAAUGCGACGGCGAGGUACCGGUAGAGAAGGUAGAAGAUACCAAGAAACCAUGCGACUGCUGCGAUAAUUGUACCUGCGGAGAUAACUGCCAAUGCACACCCGAAAACAAAUGCAGCGAAAAGUGUUCAUGCCCAGGAAAGUAAAAUGAACAUAUAGGCAGUGACAC